CCUCAGAACAGGAAAGGAAACUGAGUUUGAAGAAGGGCAGCAACUAACUCAAGGACCCCAUGUGCUGGCCACGGAGGCUGAGCCUCUUCAUUUUGCCCCCUCAGCUCCCCAGGGCAGGGGCACUGGGCUCCUCUGGGGAUCAGGAAAGAAGCAGUUUACCCAGGCAAGUGAGGGAGAAGCAGGGAGGAAGACCAGCACAGAUGGGGACAGGGACCCAGAUGGGGGCUGAGGCCAAAACUGAUCAAGUCGCAAGUCUCCCAGAGGGGAGGCCCAGACGGAAGCUCAGAGGCAGGAAGGGGACAGAAACCCGGAGUCAGGCAGCCAGGAGCCUGGGCCACAAAAUCUGGGCAGGGAGUGAGCAAGCCAGAGAGGUUGAGACAAAGACGGAGGCACAGACAGAAAGAAGGACCAGAGGACGUUGGAGCAGGAGGAACGGGGGAGAGCGAUGCGGGGCGUGCGUUUUCUGGAGAAGAAAGGCGGGACGCCCAGGGCUGUCUUCCCGCUUCCCGGAGCUCCCAGGGAACGCUGUCUGGACACCCCAGCGCGGGCGCCCCACAAGUCGAGGGCCCGCAGGGCCCUGGGACGUGAGGUGUCAGUGGAAGCAAGGCCAGCUCAGAUACAUGCUAAUGAACAUGCCACGCCCACACCCCUCAGGCACACACACCCACAUGUGUGUGUGGCAGUCCGUAGUGGGGUGGGGGUGAUCACCAAGGAUGAGCUUUUUCACUGGACACAGAAACCUGAUGCCCGGCUGCUGUGGAAAGAAUACAGCUUUGAAACAAAACAGACACAUCCAACCCAAACAAACACAAGCCCCAUCAGUAACAGGAGACAAGGUGGCAGUGAGACAGACAUGCUGUCUUCCACCUCCAACUCUGCCACCAGCUGCUCUCACCCUCUCUGGCUCCCUGGGGUAGGUGAGCAAUGGGCCAGGCCUCUGGAGCAGAGGGGUUGUCACACACUCCGUCUAUCCACACUCCCAACCUGCUCAACAAGUCAGCCUCACAGAAGGCACAGCGCUGUAAACAGAUAUGGCUGUGUACAGCAACCAGCCAGAAAAGCCCAUGAUGUGGCCUGCAGCAAACAAGCUGCACAGUCGCAGCACAUGGACACACAGUUACACACAGCUAGGCAGCCACCACUCCCAGCUGUGUGCACACGGAUGAGGACAUACACUUAGCCUUACACACAGUUGUACAUGUGGACAUGGCCACAUACAUAGUACACGUAAACAUGCAACCACACACAGCUAUACUUGUAGACAGCCAUAAUACACAUGGGCACACCCCUGCCUCUAAGAACAUGUGACCAUGUCUACACACGGCUGCACAUGUGGACACAGCCACGUAUAUACAGCUGCUCACACAGACAUGCCACAAACAGCUGUCCACCAAGACAUGUCCACACAUACAUGGCCAUAAUUAUGGAUACACGGCUGCAGGACACAUAGCAAAUUUUUUUUAUAUGUGGACACAUAGCAAAACACAUAGCUUUAUACAUGAACAUCAUGAACAUCACCAUACACACAGUUGUACAGACACAGCCACACACAGUUGUAUAUGAACAAAGCCCCCAUAGAGAUGCUGUUAGCCAGCCUCACAUGCUCCUAUAAUACAACCAUACACAGACAAAGCACAGCAAUACACACACACACACACACACACACACACACACACACUCACUCACACAGGCACACAGCCAUCCACACAGACUCAGCCAUGCUCAAAUACAAUCAUACCCUGAUGCUCACCUGGGCACAGCUUUACCCAAGCAGCCCCAUCCAUCCGUGGUUACACAGAGCCAAAUGCAUGAGCAUGGGUGCACAUGCACACACACAGGUACACAGCCACUGGCAGGCACAGUGGGGCAGCCUCGCCUACUGGGGAAGUACCAGCGUGCAGGCACACUAGAGUCACAGACACAAAGGCAUCCCUUGGAGGGAGAUGAAGACAGGCUGUGGGCUCCCCACUCCUGAGCCCUGAAGGGCACCCCAUACUCAGCUCUCACCCAAGCCAGGCUCUGCUUGCUCUCUGGCAGCUGCAAUGGAGGGGCAGCUGGCCACUGGGGUCACAGAGUAGGACGUGGAGGAUCUCUAACACCCCUCCUCCCCCCACCCCAGGGUACCUGCCAUGUUCCUUCCAUUCUUUGUCCUGGGGAGGGGAGGCUCCCUCCCACUCCCAGCCUAUCUGUACAGCCACCCCCCACCGCCCCCAACCAAGGCAGAACUAACAAAUACACAACCCAAAUCCAGGU